UUCAUUCAUUCUUUUCUCGGCACGCCAUGAGGUGGUGUGUGUCGUAUUGUGAUGGCUUUUAAUAAUUUUGUAAAUUCGUUAUUUUUAUGAUAUUUAAGUGCUUAUUCAGUACCUCAAUAGUUUAAAUAUUAGUAUAAUUUAAUUUAUAUCCAUGCGUUUAAUAAAAAUGGCUAACCAAUCUCAAAAAAUCUGCUAUAAGCUGGUGCUCACAGGAGGACCUUGCGGUGGAAAAACUACAGGACAGUCUCGUCUAUGCACAUUUUUCGAGAAUUUGGGAUGGAAGGUGUUCCGGGUGCCGGAAACGGCUACCGUCCUCCUCAGUGGAGGAGUCAAAUUUGCAGAUCUCAGCCCGGAUGAGGCGGUGAAGUUCCAAGAGAACCUGCUGAAGACGAUGAUCCAGAUCGAGAACACGUUCUUCGAGCUCGGCCGCACGUGCCAGCGGAACUGCCUCAUCAUCUGCGACCGCGGCGCCAUGGACGCCAGUGCAUUUAUCUCGAAGGAGGUGUGGGAGGCGAUGCUGGCCGCCAACAGCUGGAACAGCGUGGAGCUGCGCGACAACCGCUACAACCACAUCGUGCACAUGGUGUCCGCCGCCAACGGGGCUGAGGACUUCUACUCCACUGAGGAGCACGCGUGCCGCUCGGAGGGCGUGGAGCUGGCGCGCGAGCUGGACUACAACGCGGCGGCGGCGUGGGUCGGACACCCCUACUUCGAUGUCAUCGACAACAGCACCGACUUCGACAAGAAGAUCAACCGCCUCAUCGCAUGCGUGUGCCAGAAGAUCGGCAUCGACACCGGCGACCGACUCAACGUCAACUCCAAGAAGCGAAAGUUCUUGGUCAAGACUCCUCUGCCGGCGGAGUCGGAGUUCCCUCCAUUUCAGGACUUCGACGUCGUCCACAAUUAUUUGCAGUCGGACUUGCGUAAAGCGCAGGCGCGGCUCCGCAAGCGAGGGCAGAAAGGCCACUGGUCCUACAUUCACACGGUGCGAAGAUUCCACCCCAGUAAUGGGCAGUCGGUGGAGGUUCGCACUCAGCUCAACCACCGGGACUACCUCAACUUGUUGCCGCAGCGCGACGACGCCCACUUCACCAUCUUCAAGAAGCGCCGCUGCUUCAUCUACAACAACCAAUACUACCAGCUCGACAUCUAUCGCCAGCCCACGCACCCCAGGUGCCGCGGGCUAGUGUUGCUAGAGACCUACAGCGCUGCGUAUGAGCAGGACAAACUGCUUGCGUCGUUGCCCAAGUUCCUGCAGAUAGAGCGAGAGGUGACGGGAGACCACGCCUACUCCAUGUACAACCUGUCGCUGAAGGAGGACUGGAAGACCUCCAAGAAGUACUACGCCGGCCGCGACAACCAUGGGCAGGCCAAGUGGGCGUUGAAUGGGCUCGCUGGGGACAAGCUAAACGCGUACCAUGACAAGGUGGGCGGCCACGGGCCCGACAAGAACGGCCAUGGAGACAAGCACAGGCAGACCAACGGUCACGCCACCAGUAAUGGACACUCGCCGGCAGCAAACGGCCAUGGACCGGCAGCAAAUGGCCACGGACCGGUAGCAAACGGUCACUCGCCGGGAGCAAAUGGUCACGCCGACAAUCCACCGGAGAGUGAUCACUCUGAGCCCCGCCCCGCCCACGGCCCCGACACAGACUCCUGCAAACAGAACGGACACAGAAUGGAUCUCGGAUCACCAAAGAUUCCCAAGAAGGUUGCUCUUAAGAUAUAAUAUAACUCGUCCUAAUUGUUAGGCUUAGUUUUUAUGUUAUUAUUCCACUUUUUAUGAUUGUCACUUGUUUGUCUUACCGAAUUGUUAAGUCUUGGAAAAUAUAAUUAGAUUCUUUAUGAAUUUAGCGACAUGGCACGAAUAAUGCUCUUGCAAUUUUGAUUUUGACUUUUUUUUAGAAUUGUACUUAUGAAAGUAUCAAACUUUAUUUUUGUGGACAGUUAGAUCAUAUUUCCAAGCAUGUAAUAAAACAAAACUAUUUUUGUAACAUAAUGAAAUUGGAGUUGCUUGCAUUGUAUAAUAUAUGCAACCUGUAACAAAAAGUUAUAUCAAUCUUAAAAUAUCACUUCAGUGUCAAACUAUUUAAUUAUUUGUGCCUUUUAAUCGUAAUUUAUUAUUACAUAUAUUAAUAUUACAGAUCUUUGUAUUCGAUUCACCAAUUUUAAACCGUGGUAGGUACUUAAUGACUCGCUAUAAUAUUAUAGAAAAGUAUUGUACUUAUUUGGACUUUCCAAAAUGAUUUUAUUUUUAAGUUUGUUUUAUACCUAACGGCAUUUUUAUUUCGUAGAAUCAAUUUUAGUAUACAAAUAUUUAUUGUACUCGACAAAUCACGAAUAUCUCACAUUCAUUGGAUUACAUUGUAAUUAUUGAACUAAAAUUUAACAUCUCAAUGUCGUGUCUUAUUGCUUAAAAACUUUUUAUAUUCUUUAGGGGCCAAUGAAAUAUUGAAUUAAUAUACUUAACAGAGAUUUAUUGUUACAAUUCUUAUAAUAUGCAAUAAUGAUAGUGAGACAUUUGUACGUAAGGUUCAACCCAAUGAAUUCAAAUCAGGUCCCCUAAAAAAUAUCUAGUGGCCUUUUAGUGUUGUGUUAGAGAAUUAUUUUUAAAAUGAAUUAAAUGUCGCGUACUUAUAUAGUAUUAAAAAUACUUGACGUAGAGAUUGAUGUUCUAUUCUAACAAGAUUUUGAGGUACAAAUGAGGCCGGAACCUUAAAAUUUACAAAAGUAUUUGAAGCCAUCUUUUUAGUUUAAUUAAUGAGAAAGAACGAAAGUAACAUAGCGUCUUUGACGCUGUUAUGUGGCUAUUAUACAUAGUUAAUUGGCAUUAGUCCAUCAGUAGUUUAAUAAUGGCUGUGCUACACUAUGUGUGCCCACUUAGACAAAUCCCGCCAAAGUUUGCGUUGGCAGCGACACAAAUAUGCCUUAACAACAUGUUUAGCUAUUGGACAUAAAUCCUAAAAUUGCAUGUCUAUUAUGUUCUGCAAUGUUUCUUUGAAUAAAGAAAAAUGCAUCUGAA